GCGUUUCCCCGUCCCGCUCCCAGGGCAGUCGGGGGCGUUUCCCCGUCCCGCUCCCAGGGCAGUCGGGGGGCGUUUCCCCGUCCCGCUCGGAGGGCAGUCGGGGGCGUUUCCCCGUCCCGCUCCCAGGGCAGUCUGGGAUUCAGCGCACUGGAAUGUGCCGUUUUAAACCACCAGUUUGAGUUACUGUGAGGGGCUCUGAAACAGCUCUGACCUGCAGUGGGUCCCGAGUGCAUGAGCAGUGCAUGGGAGAGGAGGGGGGGCACCGGAGAGGGCUUCCUCACCCCCCCCCCCCCGGAUCCCCCUGUCCCGCAGGAAUGCGCAGGCCAGCAGUAAGCAGACCUGGCGUGCUAUUAAUAUUGAGACCGAAGGACGCCGAGCCCUGGAAUUUAUCCAAUGAAAGCCAGGCUGCGGAUACAGAAUACAGCAGAGAUCUAAAGACAUGGCUUUCCCUCGGAGAGGCUGGGAGCCCUUGCACUGAAUCAAUGCCCCCUGGCGCUGUCACUGCUCUGCGGACAGACACACACACACACAGAGGCACUUAGGCCCCACUUCUGUCAGUAGAAUCAUUCCCUGUACUGUACCUGUUUGAAAGCACUGGAUUCAUCCUAGACACACACACACACACAUACAAACACACACACACACACACAGAUAGACAGACACAUACACACACAGACAGACACAGACAGACACAGACACACAGACGCACACAGACAGACAGACACACACACAGACACAGACAGACACAGACACACACACAGAGCUAUUUCUUGCUGCUCUGGGUGAUUCAUAUUGUCAGUGGCAGGAAUUUCCAGUCCUUUCUUCACAGGUGGGUUGUAAAGAAGCCCUUCUCGGUGGCGGUGCCUGUGUCUAAGAAAUCCCAAACAACAAUUCUGAAAUGCUGCUGCCAAUCCAUCGCUUGAAAAAACAGCCCAAACCCAACCCCGCCCCCCAAACCCAACCCCGCCCCCAACCUGUAUAAAUAUACCCAGUCCAGCCUCUCACACUGACAGACAGAGGUGCAGAGCAAAGGAGCAGGAGGCAGACACACUCAGCAGCUACAGAAUACAGACAGACAGACAGAAGGACUUUCAGUCUAUAGACAGAGGAAGGGACACCAAGCACAGCCCAGGGGUCAAGCCGAGACACAGAGAGAGCUACAGAGACACAGGGAUAGCUAGAGAGACACAGAGAGACACAGGGAGACACAGGGAGAGCUAGAGAGACACAGAGAGAUCACAGGGAGAGCUACAGAGACGCAGGGAUAGCUAGAGACACAGAGACACAGGGAGCGCUAGAGAGACACAGAGCUACAGAGACACAGGGAGAGCUACAGAGACAGGGAGCUAGAGAGACACAGGGAGAGCUACAGAGACACAGGGAGACAGGGAGCUACAGAGACACAGGGAGAGCUACAGAAACAGAGACACAGACACAGGGAGAGCUACAGAGACACAGAGAGACACAGGGAGAGCUACAGAGACACACAGAGAGAGCUACAGAGACACAGGGAGACACAGGGAGAGCUAGAGAGACACAGAGAGAGCUACAGAGACAGAGAGAGGGUUCACCUCACCAGGAGUCAUGUUGUGGAAGCUGUUCCUGGCUGCCUGUGUGUCCUCUGUCCUGCGGGGGACGCUGUGCAGCACUGCCUCUCUGCGCAGAGCUAACGAUGGGGGCGGCCGCUGCCUCUACACCUUCACCGUGCCGAGCCCUGCGGAGCACAGCUGCCCCGAGCCAGCCGCGGAGCAGGAGCUCAGCCGACAGGGGGCGCUGCAACGCACAGAGAUGGAGGCCCUGCAGACACGACUGGGCCUGCUGGAGGCGCUGGGUGAGCCGGCUGGCAGGGCCGGGAGGGGCUGGGGGCAGGGCAGGGCGGUGGGCAGCGUGGUGCGGCAGCUCUUCGGCUAUGAGGACCGCAAGCAGCUCUCCCGCGGCUUCCCCAGCAAGGUGCUCCUGCUGCCCGAGUCCGUGGAGAGCACCGGGGCCGUGGUGUACCGGGGCUCACUCUACUACCAGCGCCGCAAAUCCCGCACCCUCCUCCGCUACGACCUGCGCACGGAGAGCGUGGCCGCCCGCAGGGAGCUGCCCCAUGCCGGCUUCCACGGGCAGUACCCCUACUCCUGGGGCGGCUACACCGACAUCGACCUGGCCGUGGAUGAGACGGGGCUCUGGGUCGUUUACAGCACCAGCAAGGCCAAGGGUGCCAUCGUGCUGUCCCGGCUGGAUCCUGACAGCCUGGAGGUGCUGCACAGCUGGGAGACCAGCGUGCGCAAGCAGUCCGUCGCCAACACCUUCGUGAUCUGCGGCACGCUCUACACCGUGGCCAGCUACACCAUGCCCAACACCACGGUGAACUACAGCUACAGCACGGAGAGCGGGCACGGCCGGGCGCUCAGCAUCCCCUUCCUGAACCGCUACCAUUACAACAGCAUGAUCGACUACAACCCGGCCCGCAGGCAGCUCUUCUCCUGGGACAACUACCACAUGGUGACCUACGACGUGCGGCUCGGCACGGUGUGAGAGCCCCGCCCUGCACCCCGACCCCCUGCCUCACAUCCUCACAUCCUCACCCCCAACCCCCGACCCCACU